GGGCUGGCAUUUGAAUGAAAUGCGAUGCAUUUCCUGCUCUGUUCAGCUCCUCUGCUCAACAGCCCACUCUGCCUCUGGUUAGGCUGAAGAAGCCAUGGCUUACAGAGACCUGAUCAGAGAUUGGAACAAGGCGACUUUGGCCAUCGAACGGGAUGAAUGGCAGUCGGCUCUCACCAUCCUCUCUGGGAUCCGGGAAGGAAACUCCAAAAUCUACUUCACCAUGGGCUGCGUGUACCUGGUGCUGGGGAACCUGGAAGAGGCACUCAAGGCAUUUGACCGAACCAUCGCUAAAGAUGAACGUCUGGCUAUUGGCUUCUUCCAGAGAGGAGCAAUUCACGUGCGCCUAGAAAAAUAUGAGGAAGCUUUGGGAGAUUAUAAACACGCCCUGAAUAAUCUACGCGGGAACCUUGUGAUCGAUUACACACAGCUCGGACUGAGACACAAACUUCACACCUGGGAGGUGCUGUAUAAUAUAGCCUCUGUGCACUGCAGACUGGGCCAGUGGGAGAUGGUCGAGAAAAGUCUGGACCAAGCUGACCGGGUGAAGCCAAUCAGCAGGAACAUAAAGCUGAAUGCUGCUCGCAAUUUACUGGAGAAACGUAGUGUCUUUGACCCGAUUGAGUUACCGGAGGGGAUUGUGUUCAGGCCUCGGAAACACGAUGUGGAGCAGCUAAGCAUGAAGGACUUCUUGGGUAAACCAAUGGUCAUCUCCUCAAUAAUUCCAAACGACAGCUAUGGGGGGUUUGAACCACUGCGUCCGCAGAAACCGGAUGAAGAUACGAUGUUAGGAUUGAAAGGAUACCACUGGGUGCUGUUCAACUUCAAUCCCCAGAGUGGCAGCGAGGUUGAGGGGAAGGCUGGCAGUGUUGUCUUUGUCUUGGAGCAUGGAGAAGAUGGCUGGUCGAUAGUUAUAGUGAACGGGCAGAAAGGUUUGCUUCCUACUGCAUACCUGGAACCAGUAGUUGAAGGGAAGACCUUCGAAAAAAGGCAAGGAUUUGGAUCAGUUGCUCCCACCCCCCCACACCACAGACCUGUCACCACGGCUGAGGCAUCACCAGAGCCCGGAAGAGAUGUUGGUUCAAGGAAUGUGACUUCAUCAUCUGUGAAGAAUCUAGGCUCAUCCAGUGCUGGUUCGUUCGUUGUUAAGGUCCAUUAUGAGUACACGGUAGCAACAAGAGUGGAUCCUGACGUCUCCUAUGCUGACCUCUUGAAGGUACUCAAAUCAAAACUGGACCAUUGCUCCCAAGAGCUCCAGUUCAGCUACAAGGACAAAGAGAGCCAGGAGUUGGUGCCAAUCAAUGGGGACAGCGAUCUGGAAAAGUUGUGGGGUGAGACUGUGGACAGGAGACUGACCCUGUGGGGCAAGUGCAGGGACCCUCUGGUUGGAAGAACUGUCUUGUACCGAAGGGUUGCACUGCAUGAUUACAUCGCCCAGGGACCUGGAGAUUUGGGGUUCGAUGAGGGAGAUUUCAUCGAUGUUCUCUCUGAAGUGAAUGAAGAAUGGCUGGAAGGACAUUCGGGUGGAAAUUUUGGGAUCUUCCCACGAUCUUUUGUUAGCCAGACCAAUACUGAAGCCGGAAAAGUGGAUCACUCCAAGGAGAUGACAAAAACAUGAAUGCUACAAAAGGACUGGACAUGUGGAUGCUGUCCCAGUGAGUUGGACAGGAUUAGGACUGAAGAGCACUGAUCUUAGUCUUACUGUUGAGACUGUGAUUGUGACUGACCAGUAGUACUAACACUAAGCCAAGCCAAUCGCUAUUAUUAUUGUUCUCGUCAGGACUGACCUGGAUA